CUCCUCCAUACAAAAAGCAGCAUACUAGACCUGCAUCCCGCACUGUUGCUUCUAGAAGAAUGAGAUCUUACACAGUCCUCCUGCUACCCUCCAUCUUCUCUUCCUUAAUGCUGUUUCGUCAAGUCUGGGCUCAGUUUCCACGAGAAUGUGCCACCAUUGAAGCUCUGAGAAGUCGGGUAUGUUGCCCAGACCUGUUCCCAUCCUCUGGACCCGGGACUGACCGCUGUGGCUCAUCAUCAGGAAGGGGCAGGUGUGAGGCUGUGACUGCAGACUCCAGACCCCAUAGCCGCCAUUAUCCCCACGAUGGCAAAGAUGACCGAGAACGCUGGCCUCUGAAGUUCUUCAAUAGGACGUGUCAGUGCAAUGGUAAUUUCUCAGGACACAACUGUGGGACCUGCCGUCCUGGAUGGAGAGGAGCUGCAUGCAACCAGAAAAUUCUCACAGUGAUCAGAAGAAAUCUUCUCAACUUAAGUACAGAAGAAAAGAGGCACUUUGUUGGGGCCUUGGAUAUGGCAAAGCGCACAACUCACCCUCAAUUUGUCAUUGCCACAAGGCGGUCAGAAGACAUACUGGGACCAGAUGGCAACACACCACAAUUCGAGAACAUUUCCAUUUACAACUACUUUGUUUGGACACACUAUUAUUCGGUCAAAAAAACGUUCCUUGGGGCAGGACAGGAAAGCUUUGGUGAUAUAGAUUUCUCUCAUGAAGGCCCAGCUUUUCUCACAUGGCACAGGUACCAUCUGCUGCAGCUGGAGAGAGACAUGCAGGAGAUGCUGCAGGAGCCUUCUUUCUCCCUCCCUUACUGGAAUUUUGCAACCGGGAGAAAUGUCUGUGAUGUUUGCACCGAUGACUUGAUGGGAUCCCGAAGCAACUUCGAUUCCACUCUUAUAAGCCCCAACUCUGUCUUUUCUCAAUGGAGAGUGGUCUGCGAGUCCUUAGAAGAAUACGACACCCUGGGAACACUUUGCAACAGCACUGAGGGUGGGCCAAUCAGGAGAAACCCAGCUGGAAAUGUCGGGAGACCAGCAGUACAGCAUCUUCCUGCACCACAGGAUGUCACUCAGUGCUUGGAGGUCCGUGUGUUUGACACACCUCCCUUUUAUUCCAAUUCUACAAACAGUUUUCGAAACACAGUGGAAGGUUACAAUGACCCCACAGGGAAAUACGACCCUACUGUUCGAAGCCUUCACAACCUGGCGCACCUCUUCCUGAACGGAACUGGAGGACAAACCCAUCUGUCUGCCAACGAUCCUAUUUUCGUCCUCCUGCAUACUUUCACUGAUGCCGUCUUUGAUGAAUGGCUAAGGAGGUAUAAUGCUGAUAUUUCUACCUUCCCGUUGGAAAACGCUCCUAUUGGCCAUAACAGGCAAUACAACAUGGUACCAUUCUGGCCUCCGGUGACUAACACAGAAAUGUUUGUUACUGCUCCAGACAACCUGGGAUAUGCUUAUGAAGUUCAAUGGCCAGGUCAGGAGUUUACUAUGCCUGAACUCAUUACCAUUGCUGUAGUGGCUGCACUGUUACUCGUAGCUGUCAUUUUUGUGGGUGCUUCUUGUCUGAUCCGUUCUAGACGCACCAAGAAUGAAGCCAGCCAGCCUCUCCUCACUGAUCACUAUCAACGCUAUGCUGAGGAAUAUGAGGAGCUCCCAAAUCCUAAUCAGUCCAGGGUCUGACAGCUGCCUGCUUGCCCACUAAUGCAUUUGGAUGGGAAGCAACCUGAUUGAAACACAGUUGUCAACCAUACUCUUUUUGCUCCCUCCCUUUCUCUCUUAUAGAAACGUAUGUUGGAAUUGAAGCAUUAUUUUUCAGUGAUGAGAACUCAGAAUCUUUUCAAUGGGUUCUAAUUAUUAGUUCUAUUUAAGAUGGAAUAGUGUACCAGCUCCGUGGCAUCUAAGAGGAGACUGUGACAAGCUUUGUGCUGUUCUACAGAUUGCCUGUGUGGUAUGAAUAAGCAAUGUAGGAAAAUAAUUUGAUGUAAAAAUCUCUACUUCAAAUAUAUGAGUGUCCAUUCUUACAUGGGAACAUGUAUACACAUUGCUAUUAUGGAUACUGGUUAACAGAUAUAAAGGCAGCCAUGUAGAUUAGUUAAAAUGAAUUUCCUGACAUUGUAAACAAAUAGGAUCUUGAUUAGCUUUCUGAAACUGGUCUUAUUUUGGUGUCAGCAUG